GAUGCGGAUUGCAGAGACUAUCGAUGCCUUUUACGGCGACGCCGGCGCACAUGAUGGUGUGAGCCGGAGCUAUAAGCAGGCUGUUGAGGAUCUUGACGCUGAAACUAUCAAGGCAUUGGAUGGUCCUUACCGAGCAACCGUCCUCGACCCGAUUUCCCGGUUUUGUGCCUACUUCCCUGACAUCAACGAGUGUAUUAAAAAGAGAAACCACAAGCUGCUUGACUACGACUCCAUGAGAGCCAAGGUGAAGAAGCUGGUCGAGAAGCCCGACAAGGACGCUACGAAGUUGCCCCGCACCGAGCGCGAGCUGGAGAUGGCCAAGCAAGCAUACGAACAGCUGAACGAGCAACUGUUCACGGAACUCCCUCAGCUCAUCGAUCUGCGCGUUCCCUACCUGGACCCGAGUUUCGAGGCGCUGGUUAAGAUUCAACUUCGGUUCUGCGCCGAGGCAUACUCGCGUAUGGCGCAGGUGCAGCAGUACCUCGAUGCGGAGACAAGAGACCAGUAUGCUCGGGGCGAUCUGGACAACCGAGUAGAAGAGGUACUGCAGCAGAUUCGGGAUUUGAGCAUAGCGGGCACUGUUUAAUGAUUCUGGUUUCGGUGUACGAUGGUACUUGCUGCUUUUAGCCCUUGUUAUAAUAUUUUAUUCUUACGACUAAAUGUUUACCUAUCUCAUUUUGUACUCUGUUGGGAAGUUUGUAAUAUAACUUAAAGAG